ACGAAUAUAGAGGAUGUAUAUAGAGAACGUUGCUGGAGAUAGUCUGAAGACAGAACCGAGCUGGGACUUCCACGGAACGGCACGUGGGUGGAUUCCAUGGCCAGAGCGAGCACUGCUGAAGGGGACCGAGCUCGACAAAGGCGCGAGCGAGCAGAGGGCAAAACGCAGGGGAAAACUGGAGGGGAGCUUGGCGGCCAUGGCUGGAGCACCGCAGCGCGCGACGCUGGGAGAUCGGCAUGGCGCAGGCGCGCAGGGAACUUCACGGCUGGAAGGAGACCAGAGAGAGAGACGCGGUGCAGGGAGCUUCAGGGAAGAACGGCGCCAUGGGAGCUUCGACGGCGGCUAUGGAUAGCGAAAGCUGUGCGCGGCCAGCCAAGGAGCAAGGACGACUGCGGUCUGGCGAGCUGGAGGCCAAGGUAUAACCAGAGGAGCUUGGCGAGGGCAGAGCUUCAUGGCUGCAUGAUGCUGAAACGACCAGGCGAGGUCGACCACUGCAGGGGCGGCAGCCAAGCACGACGAGCAGGGAAGUACGCCCAAGAAAAGCUGAGCACGGAGGGAGAAGAACUGGAGCGUGCUGAGGAGGAACUGUUGCGCGCCUGCCGUUCGGCAUGGUGAAGAUGGAGCUCGAUGGGAGCUGGAGAGGUGAGUGGCGUCGGCUGGUAGGAGAAAAGGCGUGGACAACAUGCGUUCUGAUGAAAAUAUCGCGUGAGGAGCAAUGUGACGUGAAGGAAAAUCUUCCUAGUGAACGGUGGAUUGAGGAUAGACGAGUGAAACGUGAAAUAUCUGUACAAGCAGCAGCAGGGAUAAGGAUGAAGCGCUAAGAAACAUACGUUGAAUAGUAUCCUAAGCGCUUGUGCGGUGGCUGGACAGACAUGGAGAAAUAUCCCAGGAAUUGUACGUGAGGAGAGUACAAUUGAUAAUAUCUUGAGAUAAGAAACAGAGGAAGAUAGACACCUAAAGGAUAAAUCCUCCAAGCUUUGGUCGGCUAGGAGAAUUUCAGAAAGAAGACAACAUGAGGGAAGAGGUGGCAGCCUACGAAGAGAAUAAAACUUUAGAUUUGAUUUAGCGAAUACUCUGAAGUCAGAUA